AUGACAGGGGAGUGGUCAAAUCUGCCUCAUGACCUUCUUUCACGAAUUUCGAGUGGUCUAGGGCUUAUUGACUUUCUCAGUUUCCGUGGUGUUUGCAAAGAUUGGCGAGUUGUUUCUUCAAAAGUUUCCUCUGAAGUUAAACAAUCUCUUGGGUGUGAUCCUUGGUUUCUCGUGUAUGAAGAAGGGGAAGAUUCUCACUCUCAGUGUUCCCUUCUAAGCCACCAGGAUCAACUCUACACCAUCAACAUCCCAGAACUUGAUGGAGCAACGUGCCUUGCAUCGUACGAAGGAUGGUUACUUCUCUUUCGCCACGGUUCAUUGUUCUUCUUUAGUCCCUUUUCUAGGGCAACAAUAGAGCUUCCAAAUUGUCCUUUCGCUGAAGCAACUGAUGAGCAUGUUGCAGCAUUUUCAUCUCCCCCAACUUCUCAAAAUUGCAUUGUUGCUGUGGUUAACCGCAUCAGUGAUUCUGAAUUAGAACUUUUCAUGCUUCGCAGAGGGGAGAGUGUGUGGGCUACGCGCUGCUGUCAUGGCUAUAAGUUUAAAACAAUGAUAACAGGUUUGUUUUGUGAAGGGAAGGAGUUUCACUUUCUGGACCUGAAGAAUGGCUUGGCUAUCUUUGAUUCUGAAACCAAAGAAUGGAACAAGAACAACUAUCGUAUACGUUGUCAAAGAUCAUCAAGGGAUAUAUCUGCAUCAUCGCUCCGAGCAUUGCGCUAUGUGGUACGUAAAAACGUUUUUCAGGAUAAGAGUAUAAGAACAGUGGGAUUAUUAUUAGACGACGAAAAUGUUUCGAUUUCUACAUGCGGGACUGCAAUUCCACAUGCUAGUGUUGAAUUUGAUCAGAUCGUAAUUAAGAGUGAAAGCAUUGAGGCAGCAAAGCAACCUGAAAGCCGUCAUCUUAAAGGGGUAUGGAUCCAACCCAUAUAUCUUUGUGUUCCUCCUGGCCAAACAUGGUAA